AAGAGUGAGAUUCCAAGAGAGUGAGCCAUGGAAGUGUUACCAAGCUUAGCCAUGGUUGUGGUGGAGUUUUCAAACGUCGUCAUAAGCAUUAUAUUCAAAGCUGCUUCUUUGAAAGGACUGAGCUAUUACAGUUACAUUGCCUACUGUUAUGUUUUAGGCACCUUGGUUUUCAGUUUCACCCUUUUAGUUUUCUUCAGAAAAACAGUGUUUCCUCCUUUGAAGUUCCCUCUCCUCUCUGGACUCUGCCUUCUUGCGGUUACCGGGUAUUUAGGUAUGAUGUGUGCAUAUAAAGGUAUAGACCUGGCCUCACCAACUCUUGCUUCUGCCAUUAACAACCUCACACCAGCUUUUACCUUCAUACUUGCUGUCUCCUUCAGGUUUCUUAUUCAUUCUUCCCUUGUUCUUUGUUAUAUAUAA